AUGAAAAUGUAUGUGCUUGCCGCUUCUUUAAUUGUGAAUAUAUAUAUAUAUAUAUCUUUUUUUGAUGAAUAUAUCUUUAACCAUUAAAAGACUGUACUUGACAGAAUACAAGCUAAUGGCGGCGUACUCACAAACUUUGAAGUCCUCAGCUUCUUACGAUCAAGAGGAGUGACAGUUGAUCCCAUGGGGUGCCUAGGUGCUGUCGCACCGUCUGAGUGCAAGGUAUCUGUUCACAAAACGAACUUGUCUCCUCAUCUUUGUUCUGUUGAAUCUUAUUAUAGUCUUGUAAGCAGGUAUUUGAUUAUCUUGUUCACACCGCGGCCUGCACUCAGACCAGAGAAUCUAUCAAUGAAUUUAUGAAACAAUCUGAGAAGUUCAAGCUUGCAAAGGCUGAGAAGCUUAAUUUGAUCAAUAUGAGACCAUCAAAUUCGGCAGAAACCUACUCGGUAUUUUUUUUGGCUCACUGCCUUUCUGAUCUCAUCUUGCUUGACAUUUGGAUUUAUUUUAUUUUGUCAAUGCAAUCAUUCAAUUUUUUUGCUUCAUCAUCGUGAUUUGUACACUUCUUUUGUGCGUUCUCUUAACAUUUUCAAUGCAAUUUUAAAUGACAGGAUUAUGAUUUCAUAGGAGAUUUCUAUUUUUUUUCAUGCACCACUGACUAUGUUUUGCGAUAGCUGCAUCUGGGCUAAUGAAAGGCGUACUAAACUUAAACCUUUGAAAUGUUUGGAUGUUGUUGCUUUAUUUUCCUACCACAGAACCUGUUUGCUGAACAUUCAGGGCUAAAAUCUUACGAGGAUUACUGCAAUAAUGGAAUAUUUCAGUAAUAUCUUCAGAACCUGUUUGGAUGUUGAUUUAUUACCGCAUCCUGGUUUGUUGAGUCUUGACCUCUAGAAGUUGACCUUUGUCCUACCUGUAAUAAUACCUUGCUGAACAUGAUAUUUUUACCCUUAUGAUGAAGACCUUAAUGACCAUUUGCUAACUGAGUGAUUAGAAUGCUAAUUGUGAUAUAGACGACACACAAGCAGUUAAUUUUCCUUGACAUCGAGGAUAUAGUGGAUGUACAUUAUUCUAGUUCUUCAAGAAUCCUGAAACUGGAUCUUAUUUCUUCAUGGGGCAUCAAGAUAUCAGCAUUUAGUAAACUGCGGGUUUUUCUCAUUGGGAAUUUAUCUCUUACUUUCGUAAUUCUGUAUUUAUUUUUUAAAAACCAAAAUUCCGUAGUUAAUGAAUUAUAAGAGGGAUAGGAAGCAUUCUUUGAGACUGAGAGCAUGGUAACUUUGAGAAAUGAAUCAUUUGUCCAUUUUUCCAUUAAUAGAAAUGAUCGAGCAGUUGCCAUUUUCUGGUCAGAUCAUUGAGCAGUGUGAUGAGAGGAUGGGUGAGGGCAUCGAGGAGCUGGUGAAGGUGGUCGUUGGAAUCCUACCACCACCACAGCCACAGCCCACAGAACAAGAAGAUGAAGCGGAUGGCUGA